GUUGUUCAUCGCCACUUUCUUUGUUUUGAUCAUUCGGAAUUAGCUGUUUAUUUUUACUCUUGUGAGUUAUCUGUUUGCGUUUCAUCAAGUAAAAAUUUGGGAGAACUGAAGAGGAGCCUUUUCGUCGAACCCUUUCGAUUCCCUUUUAAUUUACUAGGUCGAAACAUGAGAAGAUACAGUCCACCAUAUCAUAGCCCUCCAAGAAGAGGAUAUGGUGGUCGUGGAAGAAGCCCCCCAGGAAGGGGUUAUGGUGGUGGUGGUGGUGGUGGGUAUGGAAGACGAAGGGAACAGCCUCAUGGUAGCCUUUUGGUUAGAAAUAUUCCUAUGGAUUGCAGGCCAGAGGAGCUUAGAGCGCCAUUUGAGAGGUUUGGACUUGUUCGCGAUGUGUAUAUUCCAAAGGACUAUUACACAGGUCAGCCUCGAGGAUUUGCAUUUGUGGAGUUUGUUGAUCCUUACGAGGCUUCGGAAGCUCAGUACCAUAUGAAUGGGAAGAAAUUUGCUGGUAGGGAGAUUGCUGUGGUCCUUGCUGCAGAAUCAAGGAAGAGGCCAGAACAGAUGCGCCAAAGGAGUAGAAGGGGACCAUCAGACUAUGGUGGACGCCGUUCUUAUUAUGGGCGUUCUAGAUCUCGUUCAGUAUCCAGAUCACGCUCCCCCCGUCAUCCUUCAGGUUCAAGAAGUAGACACCGAUCAAGAUCCUAUUCUCCUGCUCCAAGAUGGCGAGGCGACUAUUCUGUUUCCCCUAGUAGAAGGCAUGCAGAUUACCCCAGAUCGCCAAGAGGUGCUGCUCGUGAGCGAGAUGGUGAGAGGAAUCGACAAGUAUAUUCUCCAGGUUAUGAUAAUGCUGAUGGUCCUGAUGUCGAUGGGAAUGGAAAUGGAUAUCAUGACAAGCCUGCAUUUGAAGGGGAGGAUGCACGAGCUAAUUGGAGGCCUUCUCCUGAUAGAACAUCAAGAUCACCUUCGGGGUCUCGAUCCCGCUCUGCUGAUGCGUCCCCAAGACACGGUAGAUGAUGUGAAACUAUGGUUUCUAAAAUCUAACAUUUGUUACUCUGAAGUUAGUAUCCACUAUCCGUUUUAAGAUUGUAUUUUGUAUGAUGUUGUUAGCGAUCGGAUUUUCCAGACAGGCAAAUUGGUUUGCUCAUAUUUGAAGCUUAAAAUUAUUAUGGUAGGCCACCAAACCUCUUGCUACUUUUCUUGAUUGUCAAUGCUCUUCUUCCUCAUAUAUCUAUCUCAUUUAGCAUC